AUGGCAUCGCAUCACAGCCCGCGCCUGCUCUGGCAGCCGCGCGAGCCCUCCAAGACCAUGUUGAGCAAACUCCGUCGCUUUAUCAACCAACGACACACGCUCAGCCUAAAGCAUUACCAUGACCUUUGGACGUAUUCCACGGAUGGCGAAACAACGAAUGACUUUUGGGUCGAUCUUUUUAUUUUCCUGGAACUAACGGGUGACAAGGUCCCCCAAAUUGCAUUCGCCCCCAAUGACGGAGAAUUGCUAUUCCCGCCUCCAACCUGGUAUCCGGAGGUGCGGCUAAAUUUCACCGAGAUAUUGCUGUCCAAUCGAGACCCCAGCAAGAUUGUGCUUCACGCGUGCACCGAGGGGGGCAAUGAUGUGCAGAACAUAUCAUGGGAAACCCUCAUCUCGCAGGUAGCCGGCCUAGCUGAUGCGAUGAGGUCUUCUGGCAUUGUCAAGGGUGAUAGAGUCGGUGGUGUUCUCUCGAAUCGACCCGAGACCGUCGUGACAUGUCUAGCCACUCUGUCUAUUGGAGCGCUGUGGUCAACUUCUUCCCCAGAUAUGGGAACCGAGGGUGUUCUGGACAGGCUGGAACAGAUUCGACCAAAGCUCCUCUUUGUCGAGAGCGAUGCUGUUUACGGCAAUAAAGUCCUGGGAUUGAUGGAAAAGAACAGAUCGUGCGCCAGGCAAAUGCUCAAGACCCCCGAGUUCAUGAACAUGGUAGUGAUCCCAAGAAGCAGGCCAGUGCAAGAUGAACCAUCACUGAAGCUUGUCACUUGGUCGGCGUUCCUGAAGAGAGGUUUGGGAAGGCCUAUGCAAUUUGAAAGGCUGCCCUUUAACCAUCCUGGCUUCAUUGUCUACUCUUCUGGCACGACUGGUCCUCCAAAGUGCAUCGUUCAUAGUGCAGCAGGACUCCUGCUACAGUCAAGGAAGGAUUCAGUGCUUCAUUUUGACGUACAGCCAGGCGACAACAUACUUCAGUACACAACGACCGGUUGGAUCAUGUGGGGAAAGGUAAUAUGUGGCAUAGGAUACGGUGGCCGAACAGUCUUGUAUGACGGCUCUCCCUUGAAGCCGGAUCCGCUAGUCCUGCUGCGCCUGAUAUCAAGACUUGGGAUAACACAUUUCGGAACUUCGGCAAGAUACCUGACUGAACUGAAGAAUCUUGGUCUCGCACCAAGGAAUGCCAUCGAUCUUUCGUGCUUAAAAUGCGUUAUCUCUACCGGUAGUACAUUGACCGCUGAAGUGAGCGACUGGUUCUAUGACGUUGGCUUCCCGCCCCAUGUCCACUUGGUCUCGACUUGCGGAGGGACGGAUAUAGCCGGUUCGCUCGUCAGUGGAAACCCGACUCUGCCACUAUACUCUGGAGAAAUCCAAUGCGAGACUCUUGGUAUGGCAACGGAUAUCGCCGACGCCGACGUCCUUGAACCCAUAUCUGUCAAGAAGACUGGUCGAGCAGGCGAACUUACCUGCCGUCGGCCCUUUCCUAGUCAGCCUGUUUGCUUUUGGGGGGACGGCGAUAUGAGUCGUUAUAAGUCGUCAUAUUUUGAGAAAUAUGGAAACAAGACAUGGUACCAAGGAGACUUUAUCCAAAUGAACCCAAAAACCGGAGGCUUCAUCAUGCUGGGAAGAUCUGAUGGUGUCCUCAAUCCGUCUGGCGUCCGAUUUGGGUCAGCCGAGGUUUAUGAAGUGGUCGAAAAGCUUCCUGGAAUAGAGGACACACUAUGUGUCGGCCGACGUCGGCCACACGAUCAGGACGAGGCGGUCAUGCUGUUCGUGAAGAUGGCCAUAGGUCAGAAACUAACCAGGCAGCUCAAGUCGGCCAUCAAGGCAUCAAUCCGUGCAGCCAGAACACCGCGCCACGUGCCAAAAUUCAUCUUCCAAGUUCCACACAUUCCUUACACAAUAAACGGCAAGAAGAUUGAGCAGGCAGUCAAAGUUAUCGUUUCUCGCGGCACAUCGAAAGCCAACGGUGCCGUGGCUAAUCCUGAAUCGUUUGACUACUUUAAACAAUUUUAUAAAGUGGAGACAGAAGAUGAAGCAGAGGGGAUUGAGUCUAAGCUAUAG